UGAAAACUCUCUCUCUCUCUCUCUCUCUCUCUCUCUCUCUCUCUCUCUCUGUGUAGUGCCACAGCCAUCAGAAGCUCGGAAGCUCCUUGCACAGACCUCUUAAAAACUAUAACCGAAGUUACAGAAUCUCUCUCUCUAUCUCUCUCUCUCUCUCUCUCUCUCUCUCAUCCAUCUGAAAUUUCUGUGCAUUUCUUAUCUCUUUCUCUAUCCUGAACUCUCUCUCUCACCUGAAAACUCUCGCUGUGUUUCUCACCUAAAAACUCUCUCUCUCUCUCUCUCUCUCUCUCUCUCUCUCUCUCUGUGUGUGUAAACCAUGUGAAAUCUCCCUGUAUUUCCUCUCUCACUAUUAUCCAUGUGAUAUCUCUCCGUAUUUCCUCUCUCUCUCUCUCUCUCUCUCUCUCUGAAAAAUCGCUUUGAUGAAGAAAAGCUUAUGAGAUUCUCUUCAUCUGAAAGCAGAGCUUCAUCUCUGGAGGAAAAGCUCUCAUUCGAGCUACUUCGGCGUACACAUAGCAGAGAACUGCUGAUUUUCCUUCUGUUUCUGCGAGUUUUUACGCUUUUGGAAGCAUUUGAGUUUGAAUGAAAAGAAUCCGACAAUUUUCCUGCUUCAGGUGCGAGUCGGACAUUCAUCUUCACUCAAAUGAUGGUUAUUUUCAUUCUCGAAGAGAAACAAACAGCAUUUCUUUCUUGAUUUUCUGGUUAGGCUUUCUAGCUUGUUCAAAUCUUCAAGCGGAUGCAACAGACAGGGAUCUGAGGAAGCUGAUUUUUAAGAGAAGAAGGAAAAAAAGUCACAGAUCUUUCUUUGAUGUUUUGAGGUAGAAUGCAAAAACAAAAAACUGACAUUUCUUCAGCUGAUGCACGGACGAAGAAACCAGAAAUUUCAUAGAAAUCGAGCAACUUUCGCCCUUCUACAAGUGAUUUUGAUGCUUUGAAGUGAAACAACAGGCUCUUGAAAUUGAUUUUCUUCUUAGAGAUUACUGCUAUUUUUUAAUCCUAGAGCGGCCAAUAUAUGGUGCUUGGAUGGUGAUUUACGAGAAUUACGCUCAUAUGUAGCUGAAUUUGAUGUCAUUUUCUGCUUAAACAUUCAUCAAUCACUGAGUUAGAUCUGAUUUACGAUCAAUCAAAAUCGGGGAAGAAUUUGGGAUUUCUGGGGCCUACAUUUGAUCUAGAUCGUCAGUUCUGGAGAUCUGUGGCUUUGAUCUAUCAAUAUGUUCGAUUUCUUUAAACAGAUCAAGAUUCCAGGCCGACUGGAAAGGGGGCUUUUGCUUGGGGAAUAUAACCGAGCAUCGUCAUGGUCGAAAUACCUGGUCUCUUCUGGUGGAGAGAUCAAAGGAGAUGGGGAAGACGAAUGGAGUGCUGAUAUGUCGCAGCUGUUUAUCGGGAAUAAAUUCGCCGCAGGCCGGCACAGUCGGAUCUACCAUGGAUUGUACAAGCAGAUGGAUGUGGCGAUCAAGCUGAUAAGCCAGCCGGAGGAGGACGAGAAGUUGGCUGCUCUGCUGGAGAGGCAGUUCAUUUCAGAGGUUGCUCUGCUGUUUCACCUCCAGCAUCCAAAUAUAAUCACUUUUGUUGCCGCAUGCAAGAAGCCUCCAGUGUUUUGUAUCAUCACCGAGUAUAUGUCAGGCGGCUCCUUGAGACAGUAUCUCCAUCAUCUGGAGCCCCACUCACUUCCACUUGAGUGGGUCUUGAAAUUUGCACUUGAUAUCGCCCAUGGAAUGCAAUAUCUCCACUCUCAGGGGAUACUCCAUAGGGACCUCAAGUCAGAGAAUCUACUGCUUGGAGAAGAUAUGCAUGUGAAGGUUGCGGAUUUUGGAAUCUCGUGUUUGGAAUCCCAAUGCGGCAGUGGAAAAGGAUUUACAAGUACUUAUCGAUGGAUGGCGCCUGAGAUGAUCAAGGAGAAACAACAUACUAGGAAAGUCGAUGUGUACAGUUUUGGCAUUGUGCUGUGGGAGCUCUUAACUGCAUUGACACCGUUCCAUGACAUGACUCCAGAGCAGGCUGCAUUUGCUGUAUCCCAGAAGAAUGCGAGACCACCAUUUCCAGCUGCUUGUCCAGUGGCAUUCACCAAUCUCAUCAGCCAAUGCUGGUCCACCAACCCUGAUAAACGGCCACAUUUCGACGAGAUUGUUUCAGUCCUCGAAAGCUAUGCAGAAUCCCUUGAACAGGAUCCUGCAUUUUUCUCAUACUAUGAGCCGACCCAACGUCACAACCUUCUACCAUGUUUUCCCAGGUGUAUUCCAGUGCGCAGGUCUGAAGCAUUAAGAGCCUAGGAUCUUUCUCUCUCCACCACUCUUCAAUUCGGACUGUAUGCAUUGCAUGUUUGUACGUUAAUCCAGGCUCUACGAUAGUGGGGCCCAUUGUCGAAUGAUUUUAACCAUCCAAUUGACAGAUAUCAAAUGGGCCCCAUUAGUUGGUUGGUCCAAAUUUACAUUUAUGCCAUCUAUAUGGUUGAUGGGUCACCAACAUUUUGAAGAAUGGCCGUGAACUGUCACCAUGUACCAUAUUUUCCUAAGUUCCGGGUUCGUAAUUUCAGUUAAAUGUAUUUAUUUCAAGUGAUGAAUAUGAAACAGGAACAAAAAGAGUUCCAUUCAAUAUAUUACAAGUUUAUUUUCUUUA